AUGAAUGAAAUAAGAGGACCCGGUGAAAUGGAUUUCACCAGCCCACAAAAUCUAGCAGAGACAUGGAGACGCUGGAGACGUAGCAUGGAGUAUUACUUGAUAGCGACAUGCACCGGAAAAACCGAGCCACAGAAAGUCGCAAUUUUCAUGUGUAUGAUUGGUAAAGACGGGCAAGAAAUUAAAGACACGUUCGAAUUUGAAACUCGUGAAAAUGGACAACAAGUGAUCACCACAGCAAUCCUUUUUGACAAAUUCGAAGCGCAUUGUAAACUCAAGAAGAAUCUCGUUGUUGAACGGCAUC